AUGCUGACGCUCGCUUACUACGGUUUCCUGCACGAGAUGCCCAUCGAGGGGCACUUCCCGGCGCAUUACGUGGCUGAUUUCGACGCCACCGGUUUCAACUGGGAAGAGAUCACCGCGAUUAUGGGCAACGCGGUCGCGCAGGAAUACGUGCCGUUUAUCGUGCUGCUGUUCAGCCUGUACACCAUCUGCGGCGGCAUCCGCAUCGAGGGUGACCUGCAGGCCAACCCGAUGACCAACGCCAUCUUCAUGGGCGCCGGCGGCCUGCUUGCCAGCUUUAUCGGCACGACCGGCGCGGCGAUGUUGUUUAUCCGACCCUUGCUAGAGACCAACAGCGAACGCAAGCAUGUUGUGCACACGGUCGUGUUCUUCAUCUUUAUCGUCUGCAACUGCGGCGGCUGCCUGCUGCCGAUUGGCGACCCGCCGCUGUUCCUUGGGUACCUGCAGGGCGUCAACUUCUUCUGGACCUUAGAGCUGUGGCCGGCCUGGUUGCUGUGCAACGGGCUGCUGCUGGUGGUCUACCUGCUGCUCGACGAGAUCGUCUACUACCGGCGCGAAACCGAGGCGGACAUCACCCGAGACAUCCGCAAGAUCCGCCACAUGAAGUACAUGGGGCUGGGGCUCAAUGGGCCGCUGCUGUUGGGGGUGGUCGCCGCGGUCGCGUUCCUCGACCCGUCCAAGACGGUGCCGGGCACCGACUGGCACCCGUGGCUCUACCUCCGCGAGAUGGUGCAGCUCGGCCUGGUGGGGCUCUCCCUGGCGCUGGGUUCGAACGCGGUCCGCAAGGCGAACACGUUCAACUACCACGCGAUCCAAGAAGUCGCCGCGUUGUUCAUCGGCAUCUUCAUCUGCAUGCAGCCGGCGUUGCAGAUCCUGGGCCUCAACGGUGAGCACUUGGCCACCAACUACCUGCAGUCCCCCCAAAGGUUCUUCUGGGUGACCGGCGGACUCUCCAGCGUGCUGGACAAUGCGCCGACUUACUUGGUCUUCUUCAAGACCGCGCAGGCGCCCGGCGUGGGCGGCGCGACCGCCGGCGUUGACCCGCAGACGCUGGCCGCCAUCAGCCUGGGGGCGGUGUUCAUGGGGGCUAUGACGUACAUCGGCAACGGCCCCAACUUCAUGGUCAAGAGUGACGCCCACCUAGCAGAAGUGCUGGAGCGGCUCCGCACGGCCAAGCGGAUCGGUUUCGACACCGAGUUUGUCUCCGAGGACACCUUCCGGCCCGAGCUGUGCCUGGUGCAGGUCGCGUCGGAAGACCUGAUGGCGGUGAUCGAUCCGCAGACCAUCGCGGACAUGACGCCGUUCUGGAGUCUGCUGGCCGAGGGAGACCACAUCACGAUCGCCCACGCGGCCCGUGAGGAGUUGAACUUCUCGCUGACCUCCGUUGGGGCCCCGCCCGCCAACCUGUUCGACACGCAGAUCGCCGCCGCGUUCUGCAGCAAUGAGUACCCGGCGGCGUACAGCUCGGUCGUGAGCCGAUUUGUGGGGCACAAGAUCGCAAAGGGCGAGCAGCGGACCGACUGGCGCCGGCGUCCGCUGACCGACGACCAACUCAAUUACGCGUUGGAGGACGUGCGGUACCUGCACGAGCUUCACGACAAGAUCACGGCCCGGCUGGCCAAGUAUCACCGCGAGAGCUGGCUCGAAGAGGAGAUGCAUUCCUUCGUCACCGAGGUGACCGCCGCCCGCAGCCGCAAGCGGUGGCGCAAGGUGUCGGGGAUCGGCAACCUCAGCCCGCGGAACCUGGCGAUCGUCCGCGAGUUGUGGGAAUGGCGUCAGAGUGAGGCCGAACGCCGCGACAUCCCGCCCCGGCGUGUGCUGCGCGACGACCUGAUCGUCGAGCUUGCCAAGCAGAAGAACGCCAAGCCGGAACGGAUACGUUCAAUCCGGGGGAUGCAGUACGGCCAGCUCAAGAAGGUGACCCCUGAAAUUGCCGACUGCGUGCAACGCGGGCUGGACGCGUCGCUCGAUGAGUUCAAACGCAAGCGUGGCCCGGCGCCCCCGCCGCAGCUGAACCUGCUGGGGCAGUUCCUGUCACCGGCGAUCGCCAGCGUGUGCCGCGGCAAGAAUAUCGCCGCCAGCCUAACCGGCACCGCCAGCGACUUCCGAGACAUGAUCGCCGACCACCUCGGCUACGGCACCGAGGACGGCGACCCGCCCGCCCUUGCCCAGGGCUGGCGGGCCGAGCUGAUCGGCAACCUCAUCAACGACUUGCUGGACGGCAAGAAGAGCAUCCGGAUCAAGAAUCCAAAGAGCGAGCACCCGCUGGCAAUCGACGGCGUCGAGGACGAAGAGAUCGACGACGACCUCGACGGCUGA